GCUUCUCCUAAUCCCAUUCAACACCUAAUCCUCACAUAUUUGAUAUUUCUCCAUCAAUUAAUUAACUCAUGCAUACAUUCUAUGCUUAACUAACAUUUCCUUUCCAUGGCGAGCGAUGGGCGAAGGAGAGAAGGCGUCUACGUGUACGACAUGAUCGCGGGAGCUCCACGAGCGCCCGCGGCCGCCAAGGGCGCGGUGUGGGGGUCGUUGGUGAGGUCGAAGACUUAUAGGGAGAAAAACAAGGUGGGGGAGCAGCCGAGGAGGUCGGAGAGGAGGUCGGUGUCCGGGGCAGAAGGGGACGUGGGGGCCGCCGCGGCGCUGCUGCAGGUGAAGGUGUUGGCGAGUGACAUGCCGGGGUUCAUGCAGCUGCAUGCCUUCCGAUGUGCUAGGACUACUUUUGAUGCAUUGGACAAGUUUAGCUCCAAGCAUAUGGCUUUUACCAUUAAAAAGGAAUUCGAUAAGGUGUAUGGACCUGCGUGGCAUUGCAUUGUUGGAUCGAGUUUUGGGUCAUUUGUGACACACUCAACUGGAUGUUUUCUCUACUUCUCUAUGGAGAAGCUAUACAUUUUGGUGUUCAAGACCAAAGUUGAAAGAGCAUUACUUGAUCAUGUUUAAAUGUAUAUAUUCAAGUUUUUAUUUUUUUUUGUUAAUCUUUACUUUUCUAGCCUCCAGCCAUGUGUGUUCCAGAUACUAGUAGAAGUAUAUAAUUAAAUACAUUGAAGUUUGCAAUA